AUGAAUCAAAUAAGACAGCCUUUUCUACUUGGAGGCACUAGAGCCUCUAAAUCAGUUGAAGUAGUACAUUCAGACCUGUAUGGACCAAUGGAAAUUAUCUCAGUAGGAAAAUUUCAAGAAUAUCAGAAAACCGUGGAGAAUCAGCAAGAAAGGAAAAUCAAAACAGUAAGAACAGAUAAUGGAAAAGAAUUCUGUUGUGUGAAUUUCGACAGUUUGUUGAAAAAACAUGCUAUUCUACAUCAGUUAUCCAACAGCUAUACACCAGAACAAAACGGUUUGGCAGAAAGGCUGAAUAGAACUGUUGUAGAAAAGAUUGGAAGCGGCCAUGGUGCAUAUUCUCAAAUUCAAGAGAACAAAUUGGAUAAACAGGUAAAAGAAAUGAUCUUAGUGAGAUAUAGCAAUACUACAAAGGCUAUAGACUAUAUGACCCUGAAACAAAUUAUAAGCAGUUACCUUAGAGAUAAAAAAUGUGUUACACAAGAAGAUGAAGUAAAAAGUAUUAGAAGAUCACAAAGGCAGCUCAAACCAAAUAAAAGAAUUGAUGGUGAUGAGAUUUAUUUUUCUGCUGGAACUUCAGAUCAAGUUGAGGACCCAACAACUAUGCAGGAGGGCCUUAGCAGACCUGAUGCAGAAGAAUGGAAACGUGCUAUGGGUGAAGAGAUACAAACUUUUAAAGACAACAAUGCUUGUGGAGAGGUAAAUCUUCCAGAAAGUGCAAGUAUAGUGCAGUUUAAGUGGGCGUUCAGUCAACAGUGA